UCCAUCUAUUCAAUAUCUCGACUUUGAUCUCUUCUCUCUUUUAUCUUGCUAUGUAGUUUCUUCAUUUCUUGUAUAGACGUUUUCUACAAGUUUUCAGGUCGAUCGGAUUCGGUAGUCGUUAUCCCAUACCCGCCGUCUGUGGUGAUUUUAUGCGCAUUCCUAACCCUAAUUAUCUGGUGUUCAUUUACAGCCUUUCAUGAUUUUCACUAGCUAAAAUUGUCGGUUGAAGAGUGGGAUGCUUAUGUUAUGCUUCCCAAAAUAAUCUCAUCCAUUCUAAAAAGUGCAAAGAAUAGGGUGAAGGAAGCACGGGAUAUUGCCAGGCGUAUUGAAUGGGGAAUAUUGCAUUUAUCAUUGAUGUUGAUUCGGAACUUCUGGCUCAUCUAGGCUAAAUGCAGUAAGGAGAUGGAUAUGGAUUUACAAACAAUACUGCAGGAUGGUGGUCUAUUAGCUGAGCACUCCAUCCCGCCCGCGCCAUGUGCUUUAUGCAGAAGGAUUAUUGUCCCUGAUAUUGAAGUGAUUGACAAUCUUGAGGCUAUCAGUAUAUGUGGGGACUGUAAAUUCUUGUUACUUGAAGAUCUUGGGACCCCUACACGAGGUUCUCAUUCAAGGAGGUCAGCAAGAGGAAGAAGGACCAGAUAUAGCAGUUCUGAGUCAGUUGACGAUAACUUCUCUCGACGAUUCUCUCACAUAAUUAGUUUAGUGGGGCAAAGUCAGUCACCUGUGUCUGGGUAUGAGGAUCAAUUUGUAGAUGGUGAUGCUUCGGCAAGGGUAGUGCAGCAGGCAAGUUAUCGCACAACCCCAAAUGGUUCUAGAAGGUGGCGACGUGUUCUCUCUGAUACUGAGAGUGAUGGUUUUGAUAAUCUAGAUUCAUUUUAUGGGGAUAGUGACUCAAACAUCAGUUUUGGUCGAUACAGGGUUUUUCAUGGUGAGAGUGAUGAAAUUUCUUUUAGUGCAUACGGAGGGGAUUCUGAUGCUUCUGUGGAUGCACGCAGCGUCCUUGAUACAGAUGUGUUUAUUCAGCCAGAUGAGGAAACCAAUCUUGACAGUGAUACUGAUAUCGAUCCCAUGCAUGCUGGUCCCAACCGAUGGUACUCGGAUGACUCGGAAGAAGAAGAUGAAGAAGAAGAUGGCGGAUGGGAAGCAGAUGUUAUCGAGGAUGACAUGGUUGAAUCUGUAGCAGGGAGAACUAGGGUUCAAGAUUUCACCAUCUCAAGUCCAAGUGAAAGUCAUGUUCAUGUUACUUGGCAUCAGCAAUUGCACUCCCAAGAAUUACAGAGUGUGGUUCACAGGAGAUUCAGACAAGGUGGACGAUUGGGUGAACCACACUUGCCACCAUAUAUUGGGAAUUCUGGGGAUUAUCUUGAUGCUAGAGCUUUUGAACAAUUGCUUGAGCACCUUGCUGAGACUGACAGUUCUAGAAGAGGAGCACCACCUGCUGCUGUUUCUUUUGUUCAUAGCUUGCCUCGUGUGGUCAUUAAUGAGGAGCACAUGAGGCAUGAUGGAUCAGCAUGUGCAAUUUGCAAAGAUGUUUUACAUGUUGGCACGGAAGUAAACCAGCUUCCUUGUCUUCAUCUUUAUCAUCCGUCUUGUAUCCUGCCGUGGUUGAAUACACGGAAUUCAUGCCCAGUUUGUCGGUAUGAGCUUCCAACCGAUGACCAAGAUUAUGAGGAAGGGAAGUGGAACACUAGAAAUAGAGCACAUAUGCAUGAAAUGCAUCAUCAGGAUGCGAUUGUGGACAAUUUCUCUGAUGUUUCUGAUGGAGAUGAUGAAGUGCAUGAAUUUGGUCAAGCUGUAAUAGAGCAGAUUCCCCUCCCAGAUGCUGACCCUGGCUUUGUCAGAGGAGGGGGUAGAAGAGGAUGGCUUUUCCUUGCUGCUGCUCCUAUUGUCAGUCUUGUGGGUAUUGUUCUUGUAUUAUGGUUGCACAAUCCUCUCAUUGAAGGAAGCAGAUCACGAGGCCGUUUUAACACAUCGGAACAAAUCCAGCAUCAGAUUCAUAUUGGUAGCACCGCCAUGCCCAACCAAAGGGAAGGUAGAAGAAGAUGGUGGUCUCUUUUCUAAGCUUUUUUCAGAACACCUUCAUAUAACACAGUCCGCGACUUUUCUGAGGGGUGUCUUUGUCCGAUCUACUGACCACUAAUUUUAUGCUUUGUUUGAUUGAGAAGCUGAUAUGCUACUUGAACAUUUGAUGAGAAUUUCUGAUUUCAAAUGUAUUUAUUGUUUGGCUGUUUAAAUAGCUUGGCUUCACACCAUAUGACACAGCUUAGUUGGUCACAGCCUUUGACUCUAA